AUGUGGCGAGACCGCACUAACCUGUAUAUUUCGUACCGGCAGUCGUACGCACACCACCCUACACAACGAAAUAAAUACGGCGGUGGCGCCUCCGGCACCGGUGCGUACUCCGAUGCGUACUCGUCAAGCAAUUAUGCCAGUGAGGAUCGGCGCGGCCUGCUCUCGGGUGGUGCCUUCGACGACGAUGGCGACGCGGUAAUCGAAAUGGACCUGCUGCCUCCUCGAUGGGCUGACGUAUCGGAUGAGAUUACCGAUCUGCUGGCCGACAUUGCGACGAAGGGACAGCGGUUGGAGAAGCUACAUCAAAAGCAUGUCCUGCCCGGGUUCGAUGACGACGAAGCGAAAAGAACCGAGGAGGCACAAAUUGAACAGCUCACCCAAGAAAUCACAAAAGGGUUUCAUGACUGUCAUCGAUGUAUCCAACGCGUGGAGCAGAUGGUUCGCGAAUCCAAGCAGUCGGGAACAAUAAGCCGCGCUGAAGAGACGAUGGCCAAAAAUAUACAAAUCUCCCUGGCUACGAGGGUGCAGGAUGCUAGUGCAAACUUCCGCAAGAAACAGAGCGCAUACCUUAAAAAACUUCGGGGCAUGUCUGGUCUUGGACAACUAGCCCUAGAUGCUCGAUCAUCCUCACCAGCUCCAGGUUCAUACUUCGAUCCUUCGAUGCAGGAGUCUGAUGCUGAUAGGUCUUUCUCGCAAUCCACACUUCAAGUUGCUCAACAGAGGCAGCUCACAUCAAACGACGCAGCUAUAGCUCAACGAGAACGCGAGAUCGAAGAUAUAGCUCAGGGUAUCAUUGAGCUGUCGGACUUGUUUCGCGACCUCCAAAAUAUGGUCAUUGAUCAAGGCACUAUGCUCGAUCGUAUUGACUACAAUGUCGAACGGAUGCAUACAGACGUUAAAGGUGCCGAAGUUGAACUCAAAGUUGCGUCUGGCUACCAACGGAAAUCGACAAAGCGCAAAAUUAUCCUGCUACUCGUCAUCCUCAUUGCCGGACUUUUCAUUGUGCUUCUGGUGAAGCCAAAGAGAAACAGCUAG